UCAACGCAGAAUCGAAGGCACCGACUGAAAUGUCCGUCUGGUAACCGCUAUACAAUGCUGAUUUCAUCUAGUGGAAGAGAGAAAGAUUUAUUGAGUCAACGUGCAGAUGUAACGCCAUAAGCAAGAGAGACCAAGUGCAAGAUGAGUUGCUCGGUAGAACUACGUCAGCGUAGACAACAGGGGAUUGUAGAGGAUCCUCAUAGGCUUGCUGCGAUGAUGAAUAAAUCUCAAAGACUCAUAUUAGGACUUUUAGUGCUGCUGCUGGUCGAUAUAAUUUGGGUCUCUAGUUCUGAACUCACCAAGUAUAUUUACAGAGAGGCAGCAUUUGAAAAACCUUUUUUCAGCACAUAUGUGAGAACAUCUAUGUUUACACUUUAUUUACUUGGCCUGUGCUUCUGGCCACCUUGGCGGGAACAGUGUAAUAAGCCAGCAACAUACAUGUUCAUAGAUCCCAAUGUCGAGGAUGACAACUUUUAUUCGGAAGCUAAUACCAGCCUAAGCGAUCCAACAUUUGUUCCGAUAAAAACUCCGGAUCACUGCGACCGUUCAUCGGGUACGGAAAGUGACGAUUCGUCUAUACGUUCUGUAAGAUUUAGUAAACUAGCGGAAGUGCGCCAUAUGUCAGAGAGUGAUGCCACAGAAGCUCUAUUGGCACGACUUAGUUACCAAGCCAGCGUUAGAGCCGGAGAACACGCGAGGCGGCAGGCUAACAAGUUCUCUGUUCAGAAAGUGGCCAAAAUAGCCCUUAUGUUUUGCCUGUUUUGGUUCAUGGCAAAUUACACGUACCAAAUAUCACUAGAGCAAACUGAAGCCAGAAUCGUCACUGUAUUAUCUUCGACGUCUAGUUUAUUCACUUUAUUCCUCGCUGCCUUUUUCCCUAGUAACGGAGGGGAUAAGUUUACGCUGUCCAAGUUAACCGCUGUAGUUAUUAGCAUCUUUGGACUAAUAUUAGUCGGUCUUUCGGAUUUAAGUGUAAAAAAUAAUAGCAUGUCAACGGGCAUAAUACUAGCUCUAGUCAGUGCUUUUUUCUACGCCGCGUAUAUUGUAUUUUUAAAGAGGAAAGUAGAUCACGAGGACAAGAUGGAUAUACCAAUGUUCUUUGGCUUCGUGGGAAUAUUUAAUUUAACGCUUUUAUGGCCUUUAUUUUUUAUUCUUCAUUACGGCCAUUGGGAGGAAUUCGAAUGGCCCAAUAGUCAUCAGUGGACAUUUUUAAUUAUAAACGGCCUGAUUGGUACAGUCUUAGGCGAGGUUCUUUGGCUAUGGGGUUGUUUUUUGACAUCGUCUCUUGUAGCAACAUUAGCUGUAAGCCUGACAAUGCCCAUGUCAAUGGUAGCCGAUGUCCUCCUAAAGAAAGUCGAGUACCCCUGUAUUUUCUACCUAGGCAGCAUUCCAAUGCUUUUGGCAUUCCUGACAGUAUCUCUUCUAUCUUAUUACGAUAAUUGGGAUCCUGUUAUGGAUCUAAUUAAACGAUUUUACAUUUGGAUUUGCAGAAGAAACAACAGAUCGACAAGGAUCCCCGAUCUUGAAGCGGAGCAAACGGAAUCUUUGAUAGGAAUAGACAGCGGUGAUCAUGAAGCUUAGCGAGACAAUAAUGAGAGAGUCAAGAACACGGUAAAAACAUCUCGUAUUAUAUAUACUAUAUAUAAUACGCGAUACAUAUAUUAUGUAUACAUAUAUACAUAUACUUAUUAUGAUAAGAUAUAUAUACAUACGUGUACGUAUAUAUGUCUCACCGCAAUAAGAAAAAAGAAACUUGUAACUAAAUAAGCACGCGUUUCUUGUAUGCUCGUGUCGGCCGUGAAUGCCUGUUUCUACUUAAGUCCCUCACAAGUCAGUAUCAGAUAUAUCGCGAUAAUCUAGAUUUCACUUUCUUCAAACGCGUGUAUCGCUUUAUUUCGCGGUGAACAUUACGAUAUAAUGUAAUAUUACUGUCGGACAAUAAUCGUUGUUAUUUAAUUUACAACACACACAAUUGAUAUUAUUUAAAUGUUCUUCACGCAUCUCUAAAACUACCUCUUUGCAAUUUUUCACCAAUUUAUUUCGCAAGCAAAAAACUGAUUACAUAACAGCGCUACCAAGAUAUUUGUUGGAUAAGAAUUCGUUGUUUUUCUCCUUGAGAAUAUGCACAACUUAGAUUCUGUGUUGUUCCUUACGAAAGCGCGAAUUCUGCAAUUGAGUUUUUAAAAAGGCAAAAAUCCAAUGUCUCUUUAUAAAAUCUGUAUAUAGUAUGUAAUAAGAGAGUUGAUUAAAAAAUCAAAGAAAUUCUCGGUAUAUAAGACUAUACGUAAUUUCAUAAGCGGUAAUGCUUUUUAUGCUGUUAAAGCUUUACAUAUUAUAACGCGCGCGUAUGCGUGUUGAUGAUCAGUGAAUGUAUAACUUGUCGGAGACAAAUGGCACUUCGCCUACACGCUUUAAGAAGCUUUCGUACGUGAGAAAGAGAGAGAGAAGAGAGAAGGGAUCUUUUUUCAAUGCGUUUCUGUACUUAUUAUUUCCAGUAUUU